CCGAUUCUCCUUCAUCUUCGCGCAUGGCGCCCACAACCUCCCAUUAACACAAGUCCAUUCACGUGAAUCUCGCGCUGAAGAAUUCCAUCAACCUGGAAGACCUGGCAUCUGGUUUCGCUAUUUCACUCUCCCUAUAUUGGAUCCUUCUUCCUAAUUAAGCUCCUUUAUACGUGCUGCGCAACAUGGCCGAGUUCUUUGACGAAACCGCCGAGCUAGGCAGCGAGGAGGAUGAGGAGUUCGAUGGCGCGACUGCCAAAUCGGGCGCGAAGCAGACAAACGGUGCAAACGACUUCGAGGAUUCAAGUGAAGAAGAGGAAGACGAUGAUGAAGAACGUCUUGCUGCUGAGGGUGCAGGUUUUGUAGUCGACGAGGAUGAGGAAGAUGAGGUCACAGAUCGCGUCCGCCGCAAGAAGAAGAAGCGCAAGAACCGUGAGGUCGACGAAGCCCUCGACGAAGAAGAUUUGGACCUCAUUGGUGCCGACUAUGAGCCACGAGAGCAACAACAGUCGAAAUACAAGCGCUUGAAACGGGGCCACAAAGACCGGCAUGGCAAAUCUCGCGGUAUCGACGACAUCUUUUCCGACGAAGACGAUAUAAUCGACGAUGCCGAUGAAGGUGGCCGAAGACUCGGUGGCUUCGACAACGAGUUUGCCGACUUCAUCGAAGAAGACCAGUUCGAGGACGACAUCGAAGACGAGCGUGAAGUCGAACAACCAGGCAUAUCCAUAAUAACAAGUGGCCUCCAAGCCGCAGGCCUGGAUGAAGGUGCAGAGGAAGACUACAGAGCUGCUUUUGGAGAUGGCACAGAUUACGAUUGGGCUCUCGCUCUGCAGGAGCAACAGGACGAAGAACAACUGCAAGAUGGUCGAGAACUUCAAUUAAAGGAUGUCUUUGAGCCGUCGCAGCUGGCUGAACGUAUGCUGACAGACGAGGAUAACGAGAUCCGCGAAAGGGACAUACCGGAACGCAUCCAACUGGCUCGAAAGCCAUUCCGUGAACUGGAGUUAACCCCCGACGAAUGGGAGGCCAGGCUCAGCGAAGAAGCUCUAUGGAUCACAAAGUUAAUCUGGCCGAAGAAGGGCCUGCAACCUUACUUCGAGAAGCCAUUCCAGCGGGCAGUGAAGAAGGUGCUGGAAUUCUUGAAUGUCGAAGACUAUGAAGUUCCGUUCAUUUUCAAUCACAGAAAGGACUAUUUGAUCCACGCACCAACGGAUCAGCAAGACGACGCGGAUUCAGCCGAGGCGCCUCCUUUAGACGCUCGACCUGAGCGUUUACUGGUUCAGACUGAUCUCUGGGAAGUCUUCGAUUAUGACCUCAAGUUUAGAGCUUUCACGGACAAACGAGAUGCCUUGCAGAAGAACUACGACAAUUUGAAGAGCAUUGUCACAGACCUGACUGACCCAGUCAUCGAGGAGCUCAUCCAUAAGGUUGUGACAAUUGAAGAGGUUCAGGAAUUGCAGGACUAUUUACACUUCCAGUAUUCGGCAGAAAUGAAGGACUUGCGCCUCAUAGAUUCCGAGACCAAUGGAACUCAAAAGCGCGCAAACAACGCCCGUACUUUGUUCGAUAAGAUCCGCAGUACAUCCGCAUAUAGCCUUGUCCAUGCCAUCGGUAUCACAGCCGAUGAAUUCGCCAGAUAUGCUGAAGGCUCUGAGAGCAGACGUCAGUAUAUUGACGACGUAGCAGAGAAACCAGAGGACCUCGCUGCAUCAUUGGUCAGCGCGGAAUACUCCACAAGUACACAGCUUAUUAAGAGCGCCAAGAUGAUGUAUGUCCAAGAGCUCACAAUGAGCCCCCGCCUGCGAAGACUGGUACGCGGUAAUUUCUAUCAAAACGCCCUCAUCGAUUGCAUCCGCACCGAAAAGGGUCUUCGCAAAAUUACCGAGGAUCACCCUUACUACGAGUUCAAAUACCUUCGAAGCCAGACCUUUUUCGACCUCCAUGGCCGUCCCGACCUUUUCCUGAAGAUGUUGAAAGCUGAAGCUGAGGGACUUCUAAGUGUCAAGAUCCGUAUGGGUGGGUUUGACGACUACAAAAACAAGCUGCACAAACAUAUUGUCUCCGACAAUAUUAGCGAUGUCGCAGAUGCUUGGAAUAGCCUCCGCCGAGAUGUCCUGGACGCCGCCUUAGACAAACUGCAUGGUAUCAUCGCAGCUGGUGUUAAAGAAACACUGCGGGCACGUUGUGAAGAAGAAUUGGCCAGCCGUGCGCGUGAAAGCUAUUAUAACAAACUUGACCAGGCUCCCUUCAAACCACGGGGCGCUGAAUUGGGAUCCACUCCUAAUGUCCUGACAAUCACGAAUGGAAAAGCCUUGCGAGGAGAUGCUAUUCUGUGGGCGUAUGUCGAGAAUGAUGGCCGAGUCCUGGAGAAUGGUAAACUCGUUGACUUUAGGCUCGGAAAUCGUGACAGGAACAUACCCGAUGGCAAAGACGUUGAGGCUUUUGUGGAAGUUCUACGCCGACGUAAGCCAGAUGUCAUUGGCGUUGCGGGUUUCUCUGUGGAGGCACGCAAGCUUUACAAAGAUGUCCAGGAAAUCAUCAGCCAGUAUGAUGUACGAGGUGCCAUCUACGAAGAUCCUGACGACCAGACCGAAAAGAGCGACCCGAUGGACGUGACCAUCGUAAAUGACGAAGUAGCACGCCUGUAUUACAACAGCCCAAGGGCCGCAGCUGAGUUUCCAAAACUACCGCCCAUGGCUAGGUACUGCGUUGCUCUUGCUAGGUAUCUACAGAACCCCCUUGCGGAGUAUGCUUCCUUAGGCAAAGACGUUAUUUCCAUACCAUUCGUUUCAAACCAGACACUUAUCCCACAAGACAAACUACUGGAUAAACUCGAAAACGCCAUGGUCGAUAUGGUCAACCUUGUCGGUCUCAACAUUCAAGAUUCAUGGGAGGAUCCGUAUAUGACAAAGUUGCUUCCUUAUAUCUGUGGUCUUGGCCCGCGCAAGGCAGACAGACUUGUGAAAGCAAUCCAGGCCAACAAUGACGAGGUUCUUGCUCGUUAUGAUUUGCUGGGCGUGUCGGAGAGUGAUGCGCGAGACCUUAGAGCUGCUAUGGGUCCUAAGGUUUUUGCUAAUUGUGCAAGCUUCCUUUGGAUCCAAUACGAACCAACUGAAGAGAUCUCAGACUAUCUCGACAAUACGCGAAUCCACCCCGAAGACUAUGAGCUGGCACGAAAGAUGGUUGCAGAUGCUUUAGGAAUGGACGAGGAAGACGUGCAAGCUGAGAUCGCUGAUGGUGGGCCGAGUGCUGUCGUUCGACGAAUGGUCAGGGACGAACAAACAGAUCAGAUCCAUGAUCUUAUUCUCGAAGAUUAUGCAGCAGAAAUUGAAAGGAAACUCGGCAAUCGUAAACGCGCGACGCUGGAAACAAUUCGUGCAGAGCUUUCAGAGCCAUACGAGGAAAUCAGGCAAUCCUUUGCCAUUGCCUCAUCAGACGAAAUCUUUACUAUGCUUACGGGCGAAACAAAAGAGUCUUUGAGUGAAGGACUAGUCAUCCCUGUCCAGAUCAAGCGGACUUUCCCGGAUCAUAUUGAAGUGAGACUUGAGUGUGGAAUUGAGGGCGGUGUAUCCGAAUCUGAAUUCCCAGAAGGCGUCGGCAGCGGCGGACAAGAACCUCGCCACGUCUAUCAACAAGGCCAGACGGUUCGUGCAAGGAUUAUGUACCUUAACCGCAAGGCUUUGACCGCGCAACUAUCUCUUCGGGAAGAUCUCAUACGUCAACCAGUCCGGAGGGAGUUCAACCGCAUUCCAGGUGAAUGGGACGAUCAACAGGAAGCUGCGGACAAAAAGGCCGCAGAAAGAGCAAAAGAAGUGGCUUCUGGACGACCCAACCGUGUCGUCAACCAUCCCUUGUUCUACUCCUUUAAUGCUCAUCAAGCUGAGGAGUUUCUUGGAAGUAAAGACCCUGGCGAUGUCGUUAUCCGGCCAUCUUCCAAGGGCUUGGAUCAUCUUGCGGUUACUUGGAAGGUCGCGGACAAUCUUUAUCAGCAUAUCGAUGUUCUUGAGCUAGGGAAGGCCAACGAAUAUUCACUGGGCAAGCAACUACGGGUUGGCAAGCACACGUACUCCGACUUGGACGAAUUGAUCGUCAACCACGUUGAAGCAAUGGCGAAGAAGGUCACCGAGUUGGUAAAAGACGAGCGGUAUCAGAAAGAAGGUCGGGAAGCAUGUGAAAAUUGGCUCACGAAUUACUGCGAUGCCAACCCUAGCCGUUUCAUGUACGCCUUUGCCCCAAUGCCCAAGUAUCCGGGUCAUUUCUGGUUAUGCUACAAAGCUGGUCAAAAGGCCAACCCUGGAGCUUGGCCAAUCAAGGUCAUACCGAAUGCAUUCGAGCUCGAGAAGCACGCGUAUCCUGAUCUCAUAUCUCUGAAAAACGGGUUCAAGCUGCUCUUUGGUAGUAAAAAUGCUACUGGAAGUGGUAGACAACCUCCACGACGGUAGGACACAAGGUGAUCAUAUGUGCUCGCCUUUAGUUUAUUCUUCAUGUAUUAAUAACCUUGUUUAUGUCUGGCGUCUUUGAUCGUGUAGCUACAAGGCGGACGGUCUGCAAACAGAAUGGGAUAGUGGAGCAUAUGGUCACCAAAGCUUUUUAGAGAUUGCCAAUUGCGACAAUUAGGUGUGGAGUUUUCUGAAAUGGCAAGCCAUUUGCAUUUAUUGUAUAGCAUAGUAUGAAAAAAGCAUAGUGCCAAAUGGUAAUUUCUUAGAUGACAC